CUUCCGGGUUCCUAUCGUGACUUCCGGUUGUCAGAAUUUUCCCCAGACGCGGCUGCCCGGCAGGGAAAACCGUGCGGCCUUAGGUCGCAGUGGCCCCAGUGGCGGUAGCCUCCGGGUGGGCUCCACUCAUUCUGCCCCGGCUGUGAUGCAUCCGCGGCGUCCAGACGGAUUCGAUGGCUUGGGUUACCGAGGUGGUGCCCGGGACGACCAGGGCUUUGGUGUGGCUUUCCCUGCAAGGUCCUUCAGCUCCGGGUCGGAUCUGGGCCACUGGGUGACGACUCCCCCAGACAUCCCGGGCAGUCGCAACCUGCACUGGGGUGAGAAGAGUCCGCCCUAUGGCGUGCCCUCCACCUCCACUCCGUACGAGGGUCCGGCCGAGGAACCCUUUCCGGCCGGCGGCGGUGGCGGCGGCGGCGUUCAGGGGCAGAGCAGUGAACAGUUGAGUAGAUUUGCUGGAUUUGGUAUUGGACUUGCAAGUCUCUUUACAGAAAAUGUACUGGCCCAUCCUUGCAUUGUUCUACGCCGCCAAUGCCAGGUUAAUUACCAUGCUCGGAAUUACCAUCUCACUCCAUUUACAGUCAUCAAUAUUAUGUACAGCUUCAACAAAACUCAGGGACCAAGAGCCCUAUGGAAAGGAAUGGGAAGUACAUUCAUUGUCCAAGGAGUAACACUUGGAGCAGAAGGCAUCAUUAGUGAAUUCACACCUUUGCCAAGGGAGAUUUCACACAAAUGGAAUCCUAAACAAAUAGGUGAACAUCUUCUACUGAAAGCCCUAACUUAUAUUGUGGCAAUGCCUUUUUAUUCAGCAAGUCUAAUUGAAACAGUACAGAGUGAGAUAAUUCGCGACAAUGCUGGCAUUUUGGAGUGUGUUAAAGAAGGAAUCGGAAGAGUGAUAGGCUUAGGAGUACCUCACAGCAAACGACUCCUUCCCCUUCUUUCCCUGGUCUUCCCUACAGUGCUGCAUGGAGUUCUUCACUACAUCAUCAGCUCAAUCAUUCAGAAGUUUGUCCUACUAAUUCUAAAGAGAAAGACUUAUAAUAGCCACCUAGCUGAGAGCAGUAGCCCUGUGCAGAGUAUGUUGGAUGCUUAUUUUCCAGAACUUAUUGCUAACUUUGCUGCCAGUCUUUGCUCUGAUGUUAUACUCUUCCCAUUGGAAACAGUUUUACACCGCCUUCACAUUCAAGGAACACGCACAAUAAUUGACAAUACAGACCUUGGCUAUGAAGUGCUUCCAAUUAAUACACAGUAUGAGGGGAUGAGAGACUGUAUCAAUACCAUAAAGCAAGAGGAAGGAAUGCUUGGUUUUUAUAAAGGAUUUGGUGCUGUUAUAGUACAGUACAUACUGCAUGCUGCUGUCUUACAGAUUACCAAAGUUAUUUACUCUACACUUCUUCAAAAUAGCAUUUGAAAUUUAGGUUCUAUCACUGAUGAGUCCAGAAGAUGUAAUCUGGAUAAUUUGCUAUGAAAUUAUGAAGGAUUAAAAUGAAAUACUGGGAGAAAAAUGGUCUAGAAAGUGAAACUGGUAGAAAAGGUCUGUGCUGAUUAUAUUGACUUCUUUUUUUUUUAAUUUGUUUCAAGUUUAGAAGCUCAAUAGAACUAGGCUUGUAAAGGAAUAAAUUUUUAGCUAGUGUAGCCCUCAUGCUGAAGUAAAAAACGAUACUAAGGGGAAGCAGACAUGUGUCAUUAAUAUAAGAUGAAGUUUCAUUGAACUGAAUCUGUUCUGUCUGAAGUUAGUAUUUGUUACAGUUAUUUCAUCUUCCAGAUUGGUAUUGGCAUAUUAUCCUUAAUGCAGUAGAAUAUCACUGUAUCAGUGAGAUUUUACCUUUAAGCAAAUAAAUUGUGUCAUUCUUGAAAAAGACUAAGCAUUAAAUUUGGCCACCUAUAAGUAGACCUUGAGAGGUUUUAUAUUGCACCAUGUCUUGAACUAUUUUAGUGGUUGUAUUAUUUAAAUCCAUUUAUGUAUACACAUAUAGCGUGGGAUUUCCUUUAUCCUAAAAAUUCUCUACUUAAAAGUCUGUUGCGUAAAAUGAAAUCAUACACUUUUUGCUUGAACACCUGGGUAAAACAUCAAAAAGUCAAGGCACCCAAAAGAUUUAGUCAAUUAUAGCAUCUUUUCCCACAUCUAAACUCAGUACUUCAGUGCCAGCCACUUAAAAUUUAUUCUGCACUUUUAAAGUGUAGUUUGCUUAGUUAGCUAUAUGAGUUGUCAGCCUAUUCUUAGAGCCAUCCUUAGGAAAGAAUGUAAAAUAAUCAUGCAGCUAUUGCUGUUUCCACAUUUAUAAAUUGUGUACUUAAACCUUGUUUGCCUUUCACUUCUGAGUGACUUAGCUUUAAAAAAAACAAAAUUCAGCUGGAUAUUUGUGUCUUUUCCUAGCACAUAGUCAUCAUUAAGUAACAUCUUUGUCUUUUUCCCUCUGUUUUUGCUUAAAGUGUCAUUUCCCACAGUAGAAAUACUUGAAGAGAAAAGCAAAUUCUUAUUAUUUUUUAUUGAAAUACAUUUUUAAUGCUGAAGAAAAAAUAGUACAUGCAUCUUGUAUAGUUGGGAUAGAGUAUGGAGGAACAUUUUAACAAAUUAAAAAAAAAGUUAAUCCCUUAAUAAAAAAAGAAAAUUGUCUCUAAAUUUAAUUUGGUGAGUUAUACUCUAUAUAGUAAAGUGAUACACAUUAGACUUCUCCAUUAGUAAAUAUUUUAAAGUUUCAUCCUUCAUGAGAAUGAUCAGUUUUACCAUGAACCAUUAGCACUGAAAUGCAGUGACUUUGCACGGAUGUUUUCCAGCACAGAAUGCAUACGCACUGAAAUUCAUGCUACUUGUUGAAUGUCAUCGAGAUGGUUAUUUUUGUGAUUAAUAGUGUUGGAACAAAGAAAUUAUAUGAGAAAAAUUGUAGAAACAUCAUAAAAAUAGUUGUGUUUACUGUGGUAUGUUUUUACUGUAACGCAUCAUUUUCCAUUUUUAAAUUUAAAUUCUCAGAGGGAAAAAAUCACAUUGAGAUUGGUCACAUUAUAUAUUCAGGGCUAGUAUUUCAGUUUAUGGUUUACUUUUAAUGUUUUUGAACUGCCGGAUAAUUCUUAGAUGGUUAUAAUAUAUUCAUCAUUUUACUCCUCCCCUUUUUCAGUAAUCACAGAGGUUUUGGAAAGAAACACGAAAAUUUUUAAGUUUUGUAAAAUUUCUAGAACAGAAUCUGAGUGGAAUCAAGUAUUUACAGGAGAAAAAUAUGUGAAACUCUUCAUUGAUCUAAAUAUUAAAUUUUUCAGCAUUUGUUGAAAGCAUGAGUAUAAACUUACAUAAAUGUGUUUAUAGAAUCAUAAGACAGGCUGACUCACACACAAUUUUGUUAAGUUGGUCUAAUUUUCUCUUUAGAGAGAACACAAAUUAACAUGAAAACCAAAAUUGAAAAUGGUAAAAUAUGAAUACUUCUAUUGCUUUUUGAAACAAAUUGAAAUACAGUUUUUGAAAAUAAAGCACUUAAAUUUUAGCACUUAAAUAUUUUUCAGUGAAUUUAAAAAAUAAUAUAUAGUUAUCAGGUACUCUUUCUUUAAAAUCACUAUUUUUCUUUAAUUUUGGUGCCAAAAUCUAAUACCCAUAUUAAGGUGUUAGUGUAUUCUUAAAUUCAGUAUGAUUCGUAAAGUUGCUGUGAUUCUGUUUAUUGGUUUAUAGAUCUACAGAUCUUAUUGCAACCCAAAUUUUGGCCAUGGUGCUUAUGACAUGCUUGUCUUACAUUAUAGGGUUUCUUACUAGGAGUAAAAUUCUCUGAAAGUGAUUAAAUUAAAACUGAUAAAGUUUAACCUACUUAAAUUUAUGAAUCAAGCUGUUAAAUUGCAUAUAUACUUUCCUAGAGUGCCCUUCUCUAUUUUAUAGACUUUUGAUGCCUAAAUUAGUAUGAUAUUUAUUUAACCUUCCAAACACCCAGCAUUAGAUAAUACAUUUAAAGUGAUCUAAUUUAGAAAGGGUUGUAGAUCAGAGUUUUUUAUAACUUAGGCACUGCCUCGUUAUGAAACUGGAAAGGUAAAAAAUUGUGUUCACUUAUGCAGCUACGCCUCAUUACAACUCUACAGCACUGGCUUUGUUUCAGCUGCUCAGAGCAUUCACUGUAUUUGUUGGGGCACAAAUGUUUCAAUAUUUCUGUCCACAUAUUCAUGUAUCUGUUUUGAUCUUUUGUGAACUGAGAUUAUGGAGCUAUUUUUUUUUUUUCAGUUUGCUCAUAGACCUUGAGGAACAGAAAAGAUUAUUCUGCCAGCUCUUGAGAAGAUUCAGGUUUUGUAUUAUUUUGAAAAAGUAUAUAAGCAAAAAAAAAAAAAAAAAAAAAAAUUCCCUUAGUAACUUCAUGUUGCACUAGAAUUGUGUAAUACUGAAUUUGUCUGUCCCUCCCUCUCUUCUGGUUUUCCAUCCGUCUCUCUGUCUAAUGUGUAAUGUCUUACUUUUUGAGUCACUGAGUAUCAUUACAAUGUACCAAAUUGUAUAGCAGAGAAACAAAAAUGUAUGAUUUAACAGUGAAUCUUAUUUGAUAUUACCUGAGCUGUUUUAUCAGAUGUCUUUUUUUUUUUAAGUUGUUUUUGUCUCAUUGGGAUUUUAAUGUUUGGGGCAGUAAUUUGUGUAAUAUGAAAAGUUCAAUAAAAUGUUGAAUAACA